UGCCAGUCAAACGCGCAACUCAUCGUGAAUCUAGUCAAGAAUCUACCUUCUCAAGAAUUUUUUCAACCUCCCAAAAUCGAGAAAACAAACAACCACAAGCCUAAGCGCAAGGCACUAUUUAACACACGUCACACAGACUUCGCUUCGUAACUCGGCUCUGCCUUCCCCAGGCUUCUCGGCUCACCCAACAGCAGUGCCUGUGGCGGGUCUUGGCUAGACUUGAUCGCCAACCCAUAAAUCAAGCAUUAUCAAGCCUCGUCUAACAUCGAGGCUCAACAUGGCGCCACAUAGCCACCAUCACAGCAGCGCUGACGACCAUGGCCACGAUCACGGCCAUGCGCAAUCCAAAGGGUUGAGCAAAUCGACGCGCUUGAUGAUAAUUAUUGGCAUCUCUUUCUCUUUCUUCAUCGCAGAAAUAUCAGUUGGCUUUUACACACAUUCAUUGGCUCUGGUAGCUGAUGCAUUUCAUUAUAUGAAUGACUUAGUAGGAUUUAUUGUAGCUCUGGUAGCUGUUAGGAUCUCAAUGAAAGAGAAGACACCAAAAGGGCUGUCAUUCGGAUGGCAGCGUGCGCAGUUACUGGGAGCAUUCUUCAACGGAGUCUUUCUCUUGGCGCUUGGUGUCAGUAUCUUCUUACAAUCUAUCGAAAGAUUUGUGUCACUUGAAAGAGUAGAGAAUCCCAUGCUGGUUCUUAUCAUGGGAUGCGUUGGUCUCACAUUGAACAUUAUCAGCGCCAUAUUCCUCCACGAGCAUGACCAUGGUCCCUCCUCUCUUCCAAACAUGGAAGAGACAGAGAGUACCAACAUCGAACUCACGGAUUCAUGCAACUCCCAUAAAGAUCACAGACAUAAGGUCGACUCGAGUAAAGCCGGCCAUGGUCACGACCUUGGCAUGAUGGGUGUCCUCGUCCAUGUGAUUGGGGAUGCGCUCAAUAAUAUUGGGGUCAUAAUAGCUGCUGCUGUUAUCUGGCAGGCCAGAUAUGAGGGCAGGUUCUAUGCUGAUCCUGGUGUGAGCCUUGGUAUUGCGAUUAUGAUUUUCGCCAGCGCAAUUCCGUUGGUCAAAAACAGCGGCUCAAUUCUGCUCGAAUCUGUCCCACUCGGCGUAAAUCCAGAUGACAUCCAACACGACCUGGAGAAGGUGUCUAAUGUCCUCUCUAUCCACGAACUCCACGUCUGGAGACUCUCGCAGCACAAGGCUCUCGCCUCCGCUCACGUUUUGACAUCCGACAACUCGCUGAGCAAUUUCAUGGUGCAGGCCAUGCGCAUCAACGAGUGUCUCCAUGCAUAUGGCAUCCAUUCGACGACUUUACAGCCCGAAUUAGUAAGCGAGCAAGAAAUUGAAGGAAGAAAGAGCGGUGUUAGUGGAAAGCGAGAAGAUGAGAUCGAAGUAGUUGUGGAUAACGGGAAAGCUUUCGAGGUGGGUGAGUCGACUGCAACGAGAGAAUCGAGCAGCGCGGCGGAUGUAAGGAAGAGAGUUCUGAGUCAGGUGAAUCUGGUCAAAUGUCGGAUUGCUUGCGGGACUGUGUGUGAAGGAUUUACCUGUUGUGCGAAAUAGAGCCAAUUAAGCUGAAAUUCGUGAAGAACUAGAUUAGGAGUCGUCUACCUAAGCUCGCUCUCUUUGAAAAAGAAUAGUUCGCUCGACACGGCGGGCGAAUCCAAGAUGAAGCGGAUGAGGUAAAAAUAAC